AUGCACUCAACUGAACUAUUUAUACCACCAAAGGCUCCCACUGCUGUAUCACCAGAAAAAAAAUACACAAUGAACCUUUUCUAUUUCCUUCUUUUCUUCGCCACAUUUGUGUUAGCUCAAGAUACUUCAGAUGCACCUUCGGAUCAACCAGAUGCUUCGGACGAUGGAUCUGCUGGAGUCAAGACGACGACCUCAAAGUCAUCUCUUCUCCAGCCUGAGCUCUUUGUUCUCGCUGUGGCAACUUACUUCGCCAAACUUUUCCAACUUUAUUGA